AUGGAGUCCGGAGAGCAGUCAAGAGAGCAGUCAACCAGGCCGCCAUCCAUCCACAUUGGAGUUCUGCUGCAAAUUGAGGAAAGCCAGCCUUCGACAAAGCCCUCGGUGGCCGAGUUAUCGCAUCGCCGCCCAAGCAAUGCUUCGAAAGAUGAAGCCGUGGCGCCCAAGGACGAACCCCAGUGGAUGACUGGCCGCCAGCUUCAUAUCCUCUCGGCCUGUUUCACCAUUUCCAUGUUUCUGAUAAUGCUCGAUACCUCAGUUAUUGCGACUGCGAUCCCUCGAAUUACAGACGAAUUCCACUCCCUACAAGAUAUCGGUUGGUAUGUGAGCAUCUACCAACUGGCCAGCGCAGUCCUCCAACCCCUCGUUGGCCGGAUUUAUCACAAGUUCAACAACAAGGUUUCGUUUCUUGCCUUCUUCACCAUCUUCGAAAUCGGAUCUAUCGUCUGCGGGGCCGCAGUAUCCUCCGGCAUGUUCAUCGCUGGGCGUGCUGUCGCUGGUGUCGGAAGCGCCGGCAUCGUUAGCGGUGUCCUGACCAUCGCGGCGGCCGCCAUGCCCUUGCAGCAGCGUGUCCUGAUCAUGGGGAUCAUGCUGGGCUGUGGCCAGCUCGGCGUCGCCGUGGGCCCACUGAUAGGCGGUGCCAUGACGUCUUUCGCGACAUGGCGCUGGUGUUUCUAUCUCAAUGUGCCCGUUGGUGGCCUUCUCGUCGCCGGAUUGCUUUUAUCCAAGGUUCCUGAUCAGUGCCAGAAACCAAGUCCAUGGUCCACGCUACGCAAUCUCUACAUCGAACUCGACAUGUUCGGCUUUUUCCUGCUCUCACUGAGCACAGUUUUGCUCUUGCUCGCGUUGUCAUGGGGCGGCAACAAAUACGCAUGGAACUCGGCGAGCAUAAUCUGGAUUCUAGAUGGCGCCUUCAUAGUGGCCUUGUUUUGGUUGGCAUGGGACUGGUUUCUCGGAGAUGAGGCCUUGGUCCCCUUCUCCGUCAUCAAGAGAAGACCCGUUUGGUCAGGUGCACUCACCCACUGCUUCUUGAUGACCAACGUCUUCUGCGCCUCAUUCUACUUGCCCAUCUACUUCCAGGCCGUUCAAGGCGCGAGUCCCAUGAUGAGCGGUGUUGACGUCUUGGCGAGCAUCCUCAGCCAGCUCGCGGCUGUUCCUGUGGCAAGCGUACUCGCGAGCAGGACAGGCUAUGUCGUCCCCUUUGCCAUGCUGUCUGCCAUAAUCGGCGCCGUCUCUAACGGUAUGUACUCGACCUUGUCUCCUACGACGGCAACAGGCCAAUGGGUUGGGUAUCAGAUCUUCAACGGGGUCGGGCGCGGCAUGGGCAUGCAGAUGGCCAUCAUGGCAGUCCAAGCCUCCGUCAAGCCCGCCGACGUUGCCACAACCAAUUCAUUCGUCAUCUUCGUGCAGAGUUUGGGCACGGCAAUCAUGCUUGCGGCAUCCGAUGCCAUCUUCGAAGGGAGCUUGAAGUCCGGACUUUCCAAGCAAGCGCCUCUUGCCGAUGCCGCCGCCAUCAUCGCUGCAGGCGCGACCCAUUUCCGAGCUCUAGUCAGCGAGGAUGAGCUGCCUGGCGUACUGGUGGCGUAUGCGCUCGCUAUCGACCACGUUUUUUACCUUGUUGCCGGCGUCAGCAGCCUCGGCGUCGCUACAUCACUGUGUCUGGGUUGGGUGAAUCUGCGCAAGAAACAGACACCCGGCAACGACGACAUCCCGAUGCAGAACCUGGGGACCCAACAGGUCCUUGAUAUCCGCAGUCGUUAG